UAUGCUGUUGGCUAUUUUGUCUGUCAUUGGUUAAAUUGUUAAUCAUGUGAGCAUUACUGAAGAUUAUGGUAUAAAAGCAUUCGAUUUGUAACACUCUGAACAUACAGAUACAGCACACACAUCUCCAACACGCUUUAGCUAAAGCACUAAGAAUGAAGUUCAGAGUAGCAGUUCUUCUGCUUCUGUACAAAUGUCUUGUAUUCGCUCCAAACGUCAUAUUCGCAACAGAAUCUGCCGUCUCAGGAUUGACUUGUCCUUUGAAAACAUGCACAGAUGUACUGAAGGAACUUGGAGCCACAGAGAAGCAACUAAAAGAUCUGGAAAUCAGACAUGCUAAGAGUGAAGAUCAGAUUGAGGAAAUCAAAAAGGAAAAACAAGAUCUGGAAAUCAGACUAGCUAAGAGUGAAGCUCAGAUUGAGGAAAUUAAACAAGAUCUGGAAAUCAGACUGGCUAAGAGUGAAGAUCAGAUUGAGGAAAUCAAAAAGGAAAAACAAGAUCUGGAAAUCAGACUUGCUAAGUGUGAAGCUCAGACUGAGGAAAUCAAAAAGGAAAAACAAGACAAAGACUUUGUUCCCAAGACCAGGAACGACUUCCUACAAUAUUCCCGUCAGCUCACUCUGGACCUGAAUACAGUGCAUAAACGCCUCCAUCUGUCUGAGGGGAACACAUUGAUUACUUACACUUACCCAGAGCUUCAGUCAUAUCCUGAUCAUCCAGACAGAUUUGAUGGUGUGUAUCCUCAGGUGUUGUGUAGAGAGAGUGUGAGUGAUCAACGCUCUUACUGGGAGAUUGAGUGGAGUGGAGAACAUGUGUUUAUAGCAGUGGCAUAUAAGAGCAUCAGAAGGAAAGGAACGGGUAAUGAGUUUGGAGCUAAUGAUCAGUCCUGGACUUUGAGCUGCUCUUCCUCCAGCUGCAUAUUCAUACACAAUAACAUAGAGAUUGUUCUCCCUGUAAAGCCCAUCAUCAGUAGAACAGUAGUGAAUGUGGAUCGCUAUAGAACAGGAGUGUAUGUGGAUCACAGUGCAGGAACUCUGUCCUUCUACAGCAUAUCUGGAGACACAAUGACCCUCUUCCACACAGUCCAGACCACAUUCACUCAACCGCUCUAUCCUGGGUUUAGGGUUCUUUAUUCUGGAUCAUCAGUGAAACUGAUUUGAUGAAUCAGAACAGAGAGACUCUACCCAUAAUUCUUUGAGCUGAUGAUGACUCAGAACAUGUUGUUUUUACCCAUAAUGCUUUGAGCUGAUGAUAAAUCAGAACAGGCUGUUUUUACCCAUAAUGCUUUGAGCUGAUGAUGAAUCAGAUGUUAUAGUCUCUUCAUUACAUUAAUACUGUGACACUGAAAUAUCAUGUCAGAAUAAAAGUGUGCAACACAGA